GGAGUAUUUAUAUUAAACCUCAAACUAUCAAACACACGAUAGGGUGAAAGAUUUGGGAAAAAGUGUAUAUGACUGAAUGGUACCGAUUACCUCACAAAACUGCUCUCGGUCUAGUCCUGGUUAUUUCAAGAUCGAGUAUGGUGGUCAAAAUUACUGCUGGAAAAUUCGUACAAAUAUCUAUCACAACCUUUGGCGUCGUAAGUAUCGAUAAUACAUAGAUGUUUAAGAUAUAAUUGAUAAAAUAUUUGUAUUUUAUCUAUUGUUAAUUGUUUGGAUACAAUAAAAUUACUAAUAAUGUUUCCCUCGUAUUAGUAUUCGAUGAUAUAGAAAUCAAGCUUUAGAACUGGCAUUUCUAAAUACCGACAAAUAUAAUGCAAGUUAUUGUAUCAUUUAUUAUGAAAUUUCUUAUAGUCACUAGCAGAAAUUAAAUCAACUGCAACAUCCUAGCACAUAACAUACUCACAUAUCACUAUCCACCAUCCACUAAAAAUUUGAAAACAUACACUGUUAAAGUUAGGGACACGAAUGAUUCAUUCCAUGUACGCUAUCCGCUUCACAUGAUUGCAACUGACAGUUUCCAAGCGUAUAUACUUUCAUAGUAUUCUAAAAAAGUUCUACCGACUAGACGAAUCGAUCAGUUGAACAAAUAGCUAAAAAACUCGCGCAAGCGUUGAACUUCUGCCAACAUCCUCUAUAUGUAGACGCUUGGUUUCUAACAAUGGCAUUAUUUCGCGAUGACGACCGAAGUAGUGAUCAUAGAAGGUGACAGCAAGAGAAAUAGUGACUAUAGUCUUCAAUUGAAUCGGUGGUUCUUAAAACCGAUCGGUGCAUGGCCAUCGUCUCCUUCCACGACAAGACUCGAAAAGGUCGUUUCAAUUAUUUUAAACAUCGUUUGCUUUAGCACCUUAAUUCUUACUGCGAUUCCUAGUUUACUAGUAAUAAUUCUGGAAGACGAGACGUUCAACUUCAAAUUGAAGACCUUCGGUUUUGUGAAUCAUUGGUUCGUCAGCAGCUUUAAUUACGCGGUUUUAUUAAUGCACAACAAAGACAUACGAAAGUGCGUGUCAUACAUAGAAGCUGACUGGCGAACAGUGACCAGAGAGAAAGAUCAACAUGUGAUGUUGAAAAACGCGAGAAUCGGUCGCUACAUAGCGGCGUUCACCGCCAUUUUUGUGCAAUCAAGCGUCUUGUGCUUUUGUUUUGUGACAGCAUUAAAUACAGUAGAGAUUCAAAUUGCAAACGAGACGAGAGUUUUACAUGUGCUACCUUGUGCAGUAUACAAAAAGUUGGUGAACGUUGACGAAAUUCCAACAAACGAAUUCAUGCUUUUCUUGCAAAUUUGUUCUACUGUUAUCGCAAAUUUUAGUACAAUUGGGAUCUUUAGUCUCGCAGCAGUUCUAACUGCUCACGCGUGCGGUCAGCUAAAUGUUAUUACGUUAUGGAUCGCUGAAUUCGUCAAUGAAACCAGAGUAGAGAAGGAAACUGGUGAUUUUAUACAAAUUGGAGUAAUCGUAGAACGACAUCUAAGGACAUUGAAUUUUAUAUCAUAUAUCGAGGAUGUGAUGAAUAAAAUCUGUUUGCUGGAAAUGUCAAGGUGCACGAUGGAUAUAUGCGUAAUUGGUUACUACAUUCUAUCGGUCAUAAAGACAGGUUUCGCAUAUUUGAAUUUGUUGCAGCAAAUGAUGUGAUAAAGUGGAAUUCUGAAAGGAUAUUAUAAGAAAAUGUCAACAAAUAAAUAAGUCGACGAUUGAACUAA